GUGAGUCUAUUCGUGAUGUUUGUAAUAAACGGUUAAAACUGUAAAAUACUUGACAAUUGUCUGCAACCGUAGAUCCGUUUGUUUGGUCUCUCCAUCGCAUGUCUUGACGUGUGCUGUCAUUGCCAUCACUACCAUCGCUAUAUGAAUGCCAUUCGUGUGACAUUUGGCUCGUAAUAGGACUCACGAGUGGAUUGAGUGGUGAAAUGGUGUGAUGUAUGGACUAAAAGUGUGUCAAAUGUGUGUCUAAUCCGCGAAUACAUCGAUGUCUGCAAUGGAGGAGCACUCAAGACGUGGUGUGAAGGACCUGAAGGAUGUGAUACCGGGUUUAGUCCAUUUGGCAGAACUGAGCAGAGGUCGACUCUAUUUGGCGACCGUUAAGCCCGGACUCGUGAACCCUUUGAAGACUAAAUCGGAUUCAAUGAUCACUUACUUC